CCAGGAGAAGAGAAAUCCAUGCUGUCUGUAGACUGGCAGUAGUAGACGGCGAAGACCCACUUCCCAACUUUUGAACUGCCGAUCUGCCAGGAAACCCUAACACUUUUCUCCCCCACAAAACAGUCACUUUCGACGAGGCCCUAUGCAUGGCUUCUGAUUUGCUUUGCAGUCGGGACACAAACACGUGGGGGUCCACUUUCCCAUUUCCUUUCUGAGAAAACAAACAACAACAAACCAGCAGAAUUCUUCCUUUCUUCUUUCUAAGAAACAAGUGUUUUGCAAGGACAUUUAAGAUUCCAUCCCCUUUUGACUGUUUCCUUUUGCGUUUUAUUUUCUAGAGAGAACCAUGAAACAUAUUGAUCAAUGAAAGACGUAGAGUUGUGAAACCCUUCACCUAGGCAUGAACAGUUACGGGUUAAAGAAACAAAUAAAAGGAGGAAAAAAACUUGAUCCAUUGGUCAUUUGUCCAGGCUGAUUGUUGACCUAGUUCAACUUGUUAAUUUUUAAAUUAAAGUAAUAUCAUUUUGAUUUUUCUUAAACAAAAAUAUCUGUGACCUAACCUUGAGUUGUUGUUGGAUAAUUAAUUUGUUUGAAUACAUAACACGAACGAUCUGGUUAAAAUCUAAUUUAGAGCUUAAAAUAGGUUUGAGAAUGCCCUGAUACUUUAAUCAAGAAAAGAAGACACCCCAAGUGCACGUACAUCAAUCAUAGAAACAAAGAGAAACCUUUUGUUAACUUCAAUACUUGCUUACCACAGAUAGAUAAUAGUCCUUCCUUCCCCAGUUCUAGAGCAGGAUAUACAGGUUUUUGAUGAAAAUAGAGCAGUUUCAGACAUGACACUAGAGAAUCAAGACCAGAACAAGAAGUCUUUUCUGCGAAAACUUCUCUUGCAGAAGGAGGUAAGAGGGAGGAAGGCAGAGGAAGUUUCGUUUGAUUCAUCUGAAGCACUUUCUGAUCCAUCACUCAAGUCUCUCUUUUCUCACCAAUUAAGCUCUCCAAUGCCAAGCAGUCAAGUCCAGUCAUUUAGUGUUUUCGUGGCAACAUGGAACGUCGGAGGGAAAUCUCCUCACAGUGGCCUCAACCUCGAUGAUUUUCUUCAGGUUCAUGAUGAAUCAGAUAUAUAUGUCUUAGGUUUUCAGGAAAUUGUUCCAUUGAACGCUGGAAAUGUGCUUGUGGCAGAAGACAGCGAGCCUGCCGCAAAAUGGCUGGCUUUAAUUAAUCAAUCACUGAAUAGAUCAUAUAGUGUGGCUUCAAGAAGAUCAAAAUCACCCCUUUGCAGCUCACUUCUCUUCCAAAAGCCUUCUCUUAAAAAGGUCUGCAAGUCUUUCAGGACUGAGAGUCGACGGAGGCUGAAGACUUGCAACUGCUCUCCCAUAUUGGAAAGGAAGUAUAGCAGGGAUUGCUGUGUUUGGCCCCCAUCAACAAAUAUGACCGAGGAUUACUGUUCCUCGGAAGAGGAUGAAGAUGGACUUAGCAAUCAUGUAUCUUCAGAAAUUUCCACUCCAGCUAGUGCCAACCAGAUGAAGUACAGCCUUAUAACAGGGAAACAAAUGGUCGGAAUAUUUGUUACUGUUUGGGUCAGGAAGGAGCUUGUGCAACAUGUAAGCCAUUUGAGAAUCUCUAACGUUGGCCGUGGGAUCUUAGGCUAUCUUGGGAACAAGGGGUGUAUAUCUGUUAGCAUGUCUUUCCAUCAGACAAGCUUCUGCUUUGUUUGUAGUCACUUGGCAUCGGGAGAGAAAGAAGGAGAUCAACGUAGGAGAAAUUUGGAUGUCAUAGAGAUAAUUAAGAACACACAAUUUUCAAGGAUAUGCAAAUCUCCAUGUAGUCGGAUACCUGAGAAAAUCAUGGAACAUGAUCGGGUCAUAUGGUUAGGGGACUUGAAUUACAGGAUAGCUUUGAGCUACUCCGAGACUCGAAGGCUUCUGGAGCAGUAUAACUGGGACACACUUCUUGACAAAGAUCAGCUGAAAAUUCAGAGGGAAGCAGGGCAAGUGUUCAGAGGAUGGAAAGAGGGAGAGAUCUACUUCGCGCCAACGUACAAAUACUCCUAUAACUCAGACAUUUACGCUGGAGAGACCAUCGAAACACAAAAGAAAAGAAGAACUCCAGCAUGGUGUGAUAGAAUACUUUGGUAUGGAGAUGGGAUUCGUCAACUAUCUUACGUACGUAGAGAGUCCAGGUUUUCCGACCACCGGCCGGUAUGCGCAAAAUUCAUGGUAGGCGUACAAGUUACUAAUAAUGAUAUGGAUUAAGAAAGGCAUUAUCAGGCUUUAACAUGAGAGUUGCAAGUGAAGAGUACAUGCCUCUAACAAGAAGAUAACAUGCGAGUUCGUGUACAGUGUUUGAUGAUUGUUUUGAUUCAUAAGGGUUACCGAAAAACUGACUGCAGCUGCUAGAAGACAGAAGAGGCGACUAAAUUUUGCCAUUUAUAUCGAAAUAUUUAGAUGGAAAGCAAGAUAUUCUUGCAGUAAAAUGUUGUGGUUGGGAAGCUGUACAGAGUCUUCUGCGAUUGGUGAGGUGUGAGAAGCUUUUCCUUGCUGAUAUGAUACUUUAAGAACUAUUCUAAAAUCAUCAUAUAUAGUUGAAGCAAGCGUAUUCUACUAUAGUUUUCGGGACCAAAUGUUUUGUUAAAGAAUGCCAAGUUUGCUUUGGAAA